AGCUCUGCAGUCAGCUGACUGCAGAGUCAUGUGACUGUCGCUUCCUAUCCCAUAGAAGAAACCAUAGACUGUACAGAAGCAACUCAGUUUGAGUUUGAGUGUUUACCUAUGGCCUUUACAGUCGGCCUGGGAUGUGUUUAUCACAGAAUUUGUUUAAAAAUCUGAGCGGAGUGAAAAUAACAGCAGAUAUUCGGAACUGAGGAAACUUGUUCGCUUUCGUCUUCCUUCCCAUACCUGAGAGGCCGUCAGUGAUUUCCAUUCACAUAUAGGAAAUCUGACUUCAGGUGGCAUUCUAUGGUACUGUUUGUAGUUGGGAAGUCGGAGAUUUCCCGGUUUGAUUUGGUCAGCUGACUAAAGACUGUAGAGUGGUGGGAGAAGUCACCUGGCAGGUUGUUGCUGCUUUCAAUCAGACCACACCCAAUCAGGAAUGCAUGUGGCAGUGCUUGUCUUUGCCUCUGCGCUCUCUGCGACCACCUUCGCCCUCAACAAUGGCGUGAUGAGGACCCCUCCCAUGGGCUGGCUGGCCUGGGAACGAUUCCGCUGUGACAUUGACUGUGACAACGACCCUAAAAACUGCAUCAGUGAGAAUUUGUUCAUUGACAUGGCAGACAGACUUUCAGAGGACGGCUGGAGGGAACUUGGCUACGUCUAUGUGAACAUAGAUGACUGCUGGUCCUCCAUGGAGCGAGACAAGAAGGGGCGGCUGCAACCUGACCCUAAAAGGUUCCCAGGAGGCAUCCCAAGACUGGCGCGCUACAUGCAUGACAGGGGUCUCAAGUUGGGGAUCUAUGGGGACAUGGGCACACACACCUGUGGGGGCUACCCCGGAACCACACUGGACAAGAUCGAGAUAGACGCUCAGACCUUUGCUGACUGGGAGGUGGAUAUGUUUAAAUUUGAUGGCUGUUAUUCUAAUGCCACAGAUCAAGAGCAGGGUUACCCUCUAAUGGCAAAGGCUUUAAAUGCUACCGGCCGUCCCAUUGGCUAUUCUUGCAGUUGGCCUGCCUACCAGGGCGGCUUGCCACCUAAGGUAAACUACACUCAGCUGGGCGAGAUCUGCAACCUGUGGCGUAACUAUGGCGACAUCCAGGACUCUUGGGACAGUGUCCUUAACAUUAUUGACUGGUUCUCUAAGAACCAGGAUGUCCUGAUACCUGCAGCUGGACCUGGAAGGUGGAACGACCCAGAUAUGCUGCUUGCUGGCAACUUUGGCCUCAGCAUGGACCAGUCUCGAGCUCAGAUGGCUCUCUGGGCCAUCAUGGCUGCUCCUCUUUUCAUGUCCAAUGACCUGCGCACCAUCAGCAGCGGGGCUCGCACCAUCCUGCAGAAUAAAAUGGCCAUCAGCAUCAACCAGGACCCCAUGGGCAUACAGGGAAGACGCAUCGUAAAGGAGAAGUUUGGCAUUGAAGUGUUCUGGCGCCCCCUGUCACGCAAUGCAAGUGCAUUAGUAUUUUUCAGUCGUCGUAAUGACAUGCCCUACCGCUACAAGACUUCACUCAGCAAACUCAACUACACCACUGGCAGCUACAAGCUGUUUGAUGUCUUCACUGGGAAAAUCACGGUGCUGAAUGACAAAACUAACUUUGUGGUGUCGGUGAACCCCACUGGUGUGGUCAUGUGGUACGUCUCUGAACCUGCAAAACUGGACCUCCACCGGUUCUAUAAAGGUGGCAGACUUCGGGGAUCUGCCUACGACGAUGAUGAAAACGCUAUUCCUCAUGUCUUCCUCUGACCGCUCACAGAUUGAAAAAGAACACAGCUGUUACUGCCUCAGUGCAGUGGCUCUUGAUAAAAUGUUAAUUUAGUUUACAUGUACAUCGUCAGAUGCAGGUGCAUGACUUACGUCUGAUGUGGCAAUGAAUAGUUCUUAAAUUGUGUUAUCUUAAAAGCAUGGCACUAUCUGUUCCAGGUAAUGAAAUCUUUGCUUAGAGAAUGCCAUUUUGCAUCUGGCUAUGCCAUUAAUCUGAAAUUCUUUGUGAUCCUUCUCACAAGUUCUGCUCUUGCAGAAUCAAAGGGUUCAAAGCGUACUUCACAGCUCACGAGAGCUGCAGCUGAUAAACUGAUCAUACAUCAGAA